ACUUUAUUCAGUUUCUUUCGAGCAUUCGAAUACUAAACAUCAGCAGUAAACAAAAUAAAUUCAAAAUUCAUUCUGCAAGCCAUUCUUUCUCUAUUAAAAAAUUACAAGUAUCCACAGUGAUAAUACAUUUGACUGUCUGUCACACACAGAUUUUGAAUAUUUUUCCAAAUUUUGUUGCAGAACUGCUUUGGUUUAUAAUUUCCGCAUCUUUGCAGCACUCUACUCUUCAAUCAUGAGACGUGUCAGCGCAAUGUUCCGUCCGGCCAUGGGCUCCGUCAGCUUCUAUGGGCAGGGUGUCUCUGUCGCCCCCGAGCUCAGCCCCCUUCGACGCAGCAUAAGCCACAGCGCCAUCCAAAGCUUCAAGCAUAUUAAUAAGGAGACCAACUGGAAUGUUCGCAUGACUGGAAGCGGCUCAAUGCUAUUCCGGAGCAGACACAUGGGUGAUGGCAACGCCAACGCCAAGGCCAAGGCCAACAAGCCCCCCAAGAGUAGCGACACUGCCCGCGUAAUGCCACACACCAAGCUGGCGACUUCAACAGCCAGUGAGACAGAGCCUGUGGCCCGGAUGCAGACCCCGGAUUAUCGAGAGUACGCCCGCUACCGCAACUCGAUACGUGAGAGCAACAUGUGGCGCGACCCCGCCCGCCCGGACACCAACUGGCUGAAGCCCCGCAGCUCUUCGACCUACAAGCCGGACUUUGCCAACACAGAGCCGGAUAGCUUGAAGCGGAGCUUUAUGCGCAGCCCGGACGAGAAGUCAAAGGAUAUGGCGAAUCGCGACUUGGCAAAGGCCGUGCAGAAGCUGCGCUUUAUACCCAGCCCGGCCCCAAUGUCCGCCACAGCCCAAGUUGUACGCCAGACCGCCGAUGCCUUGGAGUCGCUUCCCAAGCCUUUUGAGAACAAAUUUCCCCGUGCAAACACCACCAAUCGUCGCACGUUCAUGCGUUCCGCCACUGAACUCUCUCCCAAUAACCAAAAGAAGAGGUUUUAAUCGAUCUCAGAUGCCAGCAAGAGUAGAGCGCCGCAUAUAAUUUGAUUGUACAAAUAUCAAAAAAAAAAACUAGAAAUAAUUAAAUUAAUAAUGCCCAAAGAAUUGGGCAACACUAGCACAUUAUAAAUAUAAAUAAAUAUAAUAAAUAUAAA